AUGCAUCGCGGCAGUCUUGCCAAUGUGAUCUAUGAUCGAAGUGAAAAGAUUUCACUUCGACGUAAACUUUCCAUGGCAUGUCAUAUCGUCAGUGGUAUGCGAAAAUUACAUGCUCAUUGUUUGAUUCAUCGAGAUAUUCGCCCUGAUAAUAUUUUGGUUUCAAACAAUUAUACAGCUAAAAUCGGUGAUAUGGGUAUUGCACAUAUAUUCAAUCCAGAGGAGAAGCACACAUUGAUAGGUUGUCUGCCUUUUAUGCCACCUGAAUUUCAUCGUGGAGAUGGUCAGUAUGAUCAAUCUCUCGAUAUAUUCACUUAUGGAUUGACACUCAACGAAUUAUUUACCGAAAAAGCACAUCAAUUUAAUAAAGCAAUCAAACGUAUCAAACUGACAGAGCAGAGUCCAAUCUUUGCUGAUCUAAUUACUCAAUGCAUUAAUGAUGAACCGAUUCGACGACCAACAGCAGUCCAACUCCAAGAUAUACUCUAUAGCUUCCGACGAGCGUCUGACAAACAUAUCCAAGAAAAACAUUCAAACUAUGCAAGUCAAACAUUAACAGCUAAAAAUAACAUUCUCGUGAAGUUCUACAACGAAUAUAAAAAACAGAAACGUCCCAUAGAGCCAAAACCAGUCUCUAUACCACCAAGACCGCAUAUGGAUUCUGAUUUAAUACGUCAACAUUUCGAUGACAUGAUCAAACAGUUCAAUCACAUUCGUCGACCUGAUUUUCGUCAAGAAAAAGAUCAGAAAUGUUCUCCACAUUUCAUCAACUGGAUGAAAUAUUUUGACGAUGAAAGCAUCGAUAACAUGAGUCCUAAAUUUGAAAAGGAUGACAUAAAAAUUGAUCGACGACCACCACCAGCUUUAUCACCAUCACCAAACUUUCUUCGAGUUCAAGAUGAAGGUCAUCAACAGUUUCUCAACAUUCAUCGUCAAAAUUUUUCUCCUUUUGCAGAUCCAUUUCGACCAGUUGACAUGAACCGCGAUAUUGAGCAACGUUUACAACGAUUUCAUUUUGAUGAUGAUUUCGAUCGACAUGCUGCACAAGCUCAUCGUAUGAUGCAACAGUUCAAAUAG